AUGUCGUCCCAACCUAAAGAGGUCCCGGCCUCGAGAAGCUCACCAGCAAUCAGCGGCAGAGCUUCUCCAGCUGGCUCAUUUCUGCGAACAUCGCUUUCGCAAAGCCAUAUUGGCACUCCGCAGAUACCGCAGAUACCAUUACCAAGUCAUGUUGCAUCUGCUGCGUCCUCAGAGACGCAGACACCGCUUCCGGAGCUCGACAUUUCCAAGUCUUCCGUCUCAGGCCCCAGCGAAUCUGCUCUAGCGAAUGCUCUGAAAGAUUCGUUUGGUGGAGGGGGAACUCCUCCUCAGAUGGCCACACCUCCCCUACGACCUUUCUCGCCCGUCAGAGAUGCUGAGCUACCUGGGCGGGGUCCGUCUAGCAACUACGGAUCUUUUGACCACCGCCGCACCAGCAGCCCAGCACCCUAUCAGGACCCUGAGAUCAUACGACGGCAUCUUGUUGGACCCUCGAACAACUCACCAUCCAACACAUCAGUAUUAGAAGUAUACGGAUCUCCACGCAGAGGCCGUGGCAGCGAUGCCGGCAAUGGCAAAACCAAGGCCACAUUUGAGAAUGAAGAGGAAUUUUCAAGCUUGCAGCUACAAGGAGGAGACAUAACACGUCAGAUCUACAGAUGGACUGAACAGCAAGAGGCGGAAGCCAGAGGUCAGUAUAAACGAAGCAAGAGUUUUCACUCGGAGCGCCCAAAGCCGGACGAUACGCAUCUAAAUAUUGAAACAAUAAAACAGCCUGGAGGUUUUCGGCGAAACUACCUUCGUAGAGCCGCAGCGAGUCCGUCUCCAGGGCCCUCGACCCACCACGCUGGUGUUCAAAGCCAGCCUCUACCUCAGCCUUUUACCAGUAACUUCUUGGAGUUCCUUAGCCUGUAUGGACACUUUGCCGGUGAAGAGUUGGAGGAAGACGAUGAAGCGCUCGGCCCCGAUGAGUAUUUCUCUUCGUAUACAUCGGACCAACCUGAGAGUGAUGAUGAUGAUCACGAAUAUGGGGAGCGAAGCGCCCUCUUGACCCCCGGGGGCAAACGCAGAAAGAGGAAGACCAAGAUCGCCGGCAAGGGUUCGCCCACCGGUGCUGCCAUGCUUCUCCUCAAGUCAUUCGUGGGUACUGGAGUACUGUUCUUGCCACGAGCUUACCUGAACGGAGGUAUGGCCUUCAGUAAUGUGGUGUUGCUUGCCACCGCUUUACUCAGCUAUUAUUGCUUCAUCCUUCUCGUGACGACUCGGUUAAAAGUCGAACACUCAUUUGGAGAUAUGGGUUUACAUCUAUACGGCAAAUGGAUGAAAAACCUUAUAAAUUUCUCCCUUGUCCUUAGUCAGAUUGGCUUUUCAUCAGCAUACACCGUCUUUGUUGCUGAGAAUCUUCAAGCCUUUGUAUUGGCUGUCUCCGACUGCAAGACUAACAUUGACAUCAAGUAUAUGAUACUCAUGCAGAUGAUCAUAUUCCUACCGCUCUCCCUCUAUCGCAACAUCAACAACAUUCAGAAGUUGGCUCUGAUUGCAGACAUUUUCAUAGUACUCGGACUGAUCUAUCUCUACUACUACGACAUCCUCACAAUAGUCGGCCAGGGAGGCAUUGCCGACAUCCGGAACUUCAACUCAAAAAACUGGACGCUGUUCAUUGGCACCGCAAUCUUCACCUUUGAGGGCAUUGGCCUCGUAAUCCCAAUUCAGACCGGCAUGAAGCAUCCGUCAAAAUUUCCGAAAGUCCUUGGCAUAGUAAUGAUUAUCAUAACUGUAAUAUUCCUCAGCAUGGGUGCAUUGUCUUACGCUGCAUACGGAUCAAAGACCGAGACUGUCAUUAUCCUGAAUAUGCCACAGGACAACAAGAUGGUCAAUGGUGUGCAGUUCAUCUACUCCCUCGCCAUUCUGCUUUCCACCCCACUCCAGAUCUACCCAGCCAUCGAGAUUACCUCUCAGCAGCUGUUCAGCCGUACUGGGAAAUACAAUCCAUAUGUUAAAUGGAAGAAGAACAUUUUCCGCUUCUUUAUGGUGAUGGUCUGCGCUACGCUCGCAUGGGCUGGCGCAGGUGAUUUGGAUAAGUUUGUUGCAUUGGUAGGAAGCUUUGCAUGUAUACCGCUUGUGUACAUAUACCCUCCUCUCCUCCAUCUUAAGGCCAUUGCACAAGCUCCAUGGCGACGUGUUUCAGACGUACUGAUUGUCAUAUUUGGCUUCCUUGUCAUGGCUUACACGACAGCCCUGACCGUUGCAGGAUGGGUAAAUAGCGGCGAAGCUAAGGCACCUACCUAUUGCGAAUCGAGAUGA